AUGACAGAACAGGCCCCUGCUGCUGGAAAUGCAUCCUUGAGCCCCUCGGCGACACCUGCUGCGGAGGUAAAGCCAAAAGAUUCCCCAUCAAAGGAACCAAAAGUUCCAACAUUUAUAAAGAGGCAGAAAUUGAAGAAUUUGGAUACUUUCGGAAAACUUGACUAUGCCCUUCAGCUCAAUGAAAGAGAUAUUACGUCAUGGAAAGAACUCAUUACAAAAACUCAAAACAAGCAUGGCAAAUUCAGCCCCAACGAGCCUCGGAAACUCUAUGAGAGGUUCUUGAAGGUGUUUCCAAAUAAUGGUGAUAUAUAUCUUAAAUACAUUGAUUUUGAACUAUCAAAGAACGAAAAUAGUAAUGCAGAGAGCUUAUACGAAAGAAGUUUAACAAAAUGUCGUAACUUGGAGCUUUGGAAAUCGUAUAUUAAUUAUGUGAGAAAACAGAAUGAUAUCAUCACUGGCGGUCAAGAGGCAAGACAAACGGUGAACCAAAGUUUUGAUAUUGCUCUUCGGAAUAUUGGGAUAGAUUUAAAUGCUGGAAGCAUUUGGGAAGAUUAUAUUAAGUUCAUUAACGAAUGGAAUCCUAUUUCUAAGUGGGAGGAACAACAAAAGACUGAAUUGAAAAGAAAAACAUUGAAGCAAUCUGUGAUUAUUCCAUCCCAUAAAAUUGAAGAUCUUUGGACAAUGUACACCACAUUUGAAAAUGAAGUCAAUCCAUCGAAUGCAAGAAAAUAUAUCUCAGAUACAAGUCCGCAAUAUAUGCUUGCAAGAACAUGGUACAAAGAAUUUACUGGCUUAACAAGAAUGUUGAAUUCUUUCUCCAAGACCCCUGCCAAAAUGUCGAUUCAAUCACAUAAGACAUGGAUUAAUUUGGAAAAACAAAACAAACUAAGAUUAUCUAACAGAAGAUUAUUGAACAAAAGAAUUGAAUUUGCAUUUGUGAAAACCUUGGAAAAAUACCCAUUUUAUCCCGAAAUUUGGUUUGAAUUUGCUCAGUUCAAACUUUCAGAAAUUGUCGAUACUCCACCAGUUUUGAAACCUCUUAGCAUUAGUACCAGCUCUAUUGAUAGUAAAUUUAAUGGUAAUGAUAUUAAUUCUUUUGGUAAUUAUAAAACAGAAAAUUUGGAUACUGGUAUCAGUAUUUUGACUGAAGGUUUGCUAUCCUGCCCAAUGUCACCGGUUCUCACUUACUUAUUGGCUGAACUUUACGAAUUAAAGAAUGACCAUUCAAACAUCACUGCGGUUUUUGAUUCUCUAAUAGAUAAAUUGGUCGAUCAAUAUGAUCAAUUAUCAACUGACGAGGACUACGUUAAGAAGGAUCUUGAAAAACCAUUGCGCAGUGAGCUAGAAAGCAGAUUGGAAAGAUUAAAGGCUAAACAUACUGCCGCCCACGAAGAUGACAGUGAUGGGGAAAGUGAUGAUGAUAAUCAGCAAAUCGAGGAAACUGAAGAAAUUGUUGAAGCAAGACAGACUCUUAAAGACCCAAAAAACUAUACCAUUCCUGAAGUUCAAGCGCAGAACGAGAAUUUCUUGAAGAAUAUCAAGACUAAUAAAUUGAAGCUUGAAAGAUUGAUCACCACGGUGUACAUCAAUUACAUCAAAUUCACUAAAAGAGCAAUCAAAAAAUCUGUGUCGAGAACUGUCUUCAAAGAUGCCAGAAAAAGAUUUAAGAACUUGACCUGGCACAUUUAUUUUGAAGAAGCGAUGUUCGAGUACAAUACUUCCUCUAACUCUCAGAGCGGAAUUAAGAUUGCUUUGAAGAUCUUUGAUACUGGUAUGAAGAAUUUGAAAUUAGAAGAUCAUAAGAAUUUUCCAUUCUUGGUUGAAUAUUUCAAGUUUUUGAUUUUGGUGAAUGAUUACACUAAUAUUAAGUCUUUCUUUGAAGUUUGCGUGAAGAACUUGACUAUCAAGCCACCAGAAAACUUAAUUUACCAGUACUCUAAUACUGUUAAUACUCCUACUGAGGAUCCUCAUGUCAAACAUCAGCGGACCAGAACUCUUCAGAAACUUUUCAAGUUAUUGCUACGUUAUGAAUUGUAUAAUGGGAAUAUUCUUGCAAUCCAAAACCUUCAACAUCGUUACAAGGAAAUUUUCCCUGAACAAGCUGAGCUUAGCAUUUUCAGUCAAAUUUACAGAGAAUACGACGGAUUGAAUUUGCUCAGGGAGUUUGAGGUGGAUAUUGACUCCAAUGUUUUAUUCAAAUCAUGGACUGAUUAUUCACAGAAUAUAAAUAAUGUUGUUUAUAAAGACUUACCAAAAAAUGAAAACAACUACAAAUCUUAUUUAUCGGAUGGUGAAUUUAAAGUGGUCAGCAAAAAAUUAAAAGAAGAACAUCUCAUCGAAAGUUAUGACUCUUCGUCUGAUCUUGAAGAUGAUACAAACGAUGAUGGACUUGAAGAUUUUGACAUGGCAAACUAUGGGUUCAAAUCUAGAAGCCAAGCUUUGAAAGUCGCUAAGAUUGUGAAGCAGGUCAAGGCAUCUACUGAAAACGUUUCUUUGAAAAGACCUCGCGAAACUACCAAUAAUAACUCAGUGGCCGCGGUUAAUGAAGAUGAUUAUGUACCAUCUUAUGCCGCACCCUCUUUCCCAGUUAAAGAAGAACCAAAAGCCGCUAACACCAAUAAAGCUGGUGAUAAUUUUUUCGGAAACAACUUUGUCGCCAAUGAUUCCAAACCAUUUGUUAGUGAUAACAUCUAUAAUUUACUUCGUGUCUUGCCAAGCUCAGCGCUGUUUGAUAAAAGGAUGUUCAAUUCAAAGAAGCUUGUCGAUAUGUUGAAAGAGCUUAAUGUAUAA